AUGGCGCCAUCGGCCCUCGAGACCGAAGUUCCGGUCCAUACCAAGGCCAAGGGAAGUCAUCGGGAGCCUCUCAAACAAACUGGGGUUCUUGACAGCUACGAGUCUUUCGACGUGACUCCUGUCAUUGGACGUGAAUUUCCGAAGGCCAACCUCGUUGAGUGGCUUGAGUCCCCCAACGCAGAUGAGCUGAUCCGAGACCUAGCCAUCACGAAUGCAGUCGCCGAACGCGGAGUCGUGUUCUUCCGUGCUCAGGAUAACCUCACCAACGACCUCCAGAAGAAACUCAUUCUCCGCCUCGGCGAGCUCUCUGGCAGGCCAGCUACCUCGGGUCUUCACAUCCACCCAAUCCUCAACUCUGAACGUGAGCAUGGUGGCUCGGACCCGGAGAUCAGCACCAUCAGCUCUCUCCAGCACAAGAAGUUCUACAUCAAGCAGCAGUCGGAUCAGCUCAGCCCUAAGAAGCAGAACGGAGCCCAGUGGCACAGCGACAUCGCUUUUGAACCUGUCCCUGCCGACUUUUCUUCUCUUCGACUAGUUGAGCUGCCCAAAACCGGCGGUGACACCCUGUGGGCUUCAGGCUAUGAGAUCUACGACAGGAUCAGUGAACCCUACCAGAAAUUCCUCGAGGGAUUGUCAGUCACCUUUGAGCAGCCAGCCUUCGGCAAGGUCGCCGAGCAGGCUGGUUUCAAGCUGUACGACAAGCCUCGCGGCGCGCCCGAGAAUGUCGGCACCACACUGAAGGCCAUUCACCCCGUCGUGCGCACGAACCCCGUCACAGGCUGGAAGAGCGUGUUCCCUGUCGGUGGCCACGUCAAGCACAUCAAUGGCGUGACGGCUGAGGAGAGCAAGGCGUUGCUCGACUGGUUCUUGGAUCUUGUCUACAAGGGUCACGACCUGCAGGUCCGCUUCAAGUGGCAGAACCCCAACGACAUUGCCAUUUGGGAUAACCGCAGUGUGUUCCACACUGCCACCUUCGAUUAUGACGACCAGGGCGAGCGUUUCGGUAACCGCGCUGUUGGACUGGGAGAGGUGCCAUAUUUCGAUGAGCAGAGCACAUCGAGGAGGACUGCUCUGGCCACAGGACAUGGUCAGAUCCCUGAGCUUGGCUGA